AUGUCUUAUUCAAAAGCUAUAAAUAAAGCACUCAGUGACGGUGCUAGGCUAUAUUCAUCGAAAGAGUAUGAACUAGCAUCUGAAAAAUAUGCUGAGGCUUGUGAGAAGUAUCAAGAAGAGAACGGGAAAGAUGACGCUGAUUUGCUAUUGUUGUAUGGCAAAUCACUUUUCCAAAGUGCUGUGUCAAAUUCUGAAGUCUUUGGUCAAGCCAGUGGAAAUCAAAAUCAAGAGAAAGAAACUGUGGAAGAUAAGGAGAUCGAUAACGACGAUGGGAAUUUUCAAUUUCAUGAAGAUGGACCAUUGGCUGAAGCUGAAGAUGACUUACCUGAAAUAGGUGUGAAAGAAGAUGACUCGAGGAUGGAUGAUGAAAGAGUCGUUUUAGGUGGUGAUCAUGAUGAUGAAAACGAUGAGGGAGAUCAUGAAGAACAGAGUGACUUUGAAGUAGCAUGGGAAAUCCUAGAUUUAGCUAGAUCGUUAUUUGAGAAACAACUAAAGGAAAUUCUGCAUGAUUCAGAAAGUCUUGCAGUCCCUUACUUAACAAGCGACAGAGAAGAUACGAAUAAUGACUUUAUAAAAUUGACUAAAAAACUCUCAGAGACUUACGACAUAUUAGGAGAAGUGUCUUUGGAGGCAGAAAACUUUCCACAAUCGGCUAUAGACUUAGAAAAUUCUCUCAAUUUGAGAUUGAAGCUAUAUGACCCUAAAUGGUCAGCUUUAAUUUCAGAAUCUCACUACAAGCUCUCGUUAGCAUUGGAGUUUUGUGUUGAAGAUAGUAAACUGAGACAGAAGGCAGCAGAUCAUAUGAAGCUUGCGAUCGAUUCUGUCAAGGAAAGAAAUAAAGAUGAAAAAGAUGAACUGAAGAGGAAAGAAAAUGAAGAAUUACUUCAAGAUUUAGAGAUUAGGUAUUUGGAAUUAAAAAAAGAUCCUACCGAAGAGUUCAAAGAGGAGCAGCUCGACAUAAUCAAAGGUAUCCUAGGUGAGGCAACUUCUGAGUCUUCCAGUGGAGACGGUAAACCAGCUCGUAAUGUGGUAAACGAUUUAAGUAGUGUUGUUAAGAAAAAAUCUUCAGGACCCGUGACAAACUUGACAUCAUUGACCAGGAAAAGGAAAAAUGCUGGAAAAGGAGACUCUACUGAUUCUGGCUCGAAGAAAUCAAAAAGCUGA